AUGGCCGCGCAGUACUCCUCGGUCGGAGAGGGCUCGCCUCGAUUCGCCAUGCCACGGUUGCCAUUCUCACUCCCAUCUCUAUCGAUCCAUAUGCCGCAUCGAAUUCGACGCCGACUCCGCGCCACACGGUCGAAGAUAUCCYCUCGAAGUUCACCUACAUCCUCGAUCGCGUCUCUUGAGACGUCUUUCAACCCGACGGAUACGAUUCGYGCGCUUCGAACACAUCAUUGGAGUGCCUACGAUGCACAAUAUCUGUUUCUGGCGAUCCUCGGCAUCUUCAGCCUGUCCAUGAUGCAGCACCCUGGGCCGAUGAUGAAGACACUGGUUGCCACAGCUCUCAUGACAGGUCUGGUAAUACCAAUCACGCGGCAGUUCCUCCUGCCCUUUCUGCCAAUCGCCGGGUGGCUGGUUCUUUUCUUCUCCUGCCAAUUCAUUCCCAGCGAAUACCGACCUGGCAUCUGGGUUCGCGUGCUGCCAGCAUUGGAGAACAUUUUGUAUGGUGCCAACCUCAGCAAUAUCCUCGCUGCCCACAAGAACUCCUUUCUAGACGUCCUCGCAUGGCUGCCGUAUGGAAUCACUCACUUUGGUGCACCAUUCGUGUGCUCUGGAAUCAUGUUCAUAUUCGGUCCACCCGGCACUACUCCCAGUUUUGCCAGAGCAUUUGGGUACAUGAACAUUGCCGGUGUGACUAUCCAGAUUCUGUUUCCUUGCAGCUCGCCAUGGUACGAAAACAUGUACGGACUCGCACCGGCGAACUAUUCCAUACACGGCUCUCCCGCAGGUCUUGCGGCGAUUGACAAACUGUUUGGCAUCGACCUCUACACCUCGACUUUUACGGCAUCUCCUCUGGUAUUUGGCGCCAUGCCAUCUUUGCACUCCGGGAAUGCAACUAUCGAGGCWCUCUUCAUKUCACACACCUUCCCCAAACUGCGUCCACUGUUCAUCCUAUAUACUCUAUGGAUGUGGUAUGCUACAAUGUACCUGAGCCAUCACUACGCGGUGGAUUUGGUCGGRGGCAGUAUCAUUGCAUCGAUUGCAUAUUUCGUCGCAAAGGGCAGCUUUUUGCCUCGCCUGCAACCUGGCAAAGUGUUCCGCUGGGAUUAUGAUUACAUAGAAAGAGGCGAAGAGGAGGAUGACGAAUCGUAUGGCUACGGUCUGGCCGAUCUGGAUGAAUACGAGCUGGCGCUGCGCACCGACGGCGACGAGUGGACUAUUGGCUCCAGCAGCAGCGUUUCCAGCAGCAGCCGUGAGCACUCUACUGGCAUGCGAUCCCCCAUUGGCGACAAUGAACAAUGGGACGGCGACACACUCGCCUCCAACUCGGACAAUGAGUAUCAGAAAGCAUAG